AUGACAGGCACGGUAAAAGUCCACAAUGUCUCACUUAAAGCAUCAGAGCAAGAUAUUAGUGAGUUCUUUUCAUUUUCUGGUGAGAGAGUACAUGUAGAAUUGCAAAGUUGUGAUGAGCGGUCACAAUUUGCCUACAUCACGUUCAGAGACAAUCAAGGAGCAGAGAGGGCUAUGCUUCUUACGGGAGCAACUAUAGAACAUAUGGCUGUCAUCAUCACACCAGCCACCGAUUACAAGCUACCUGCGUCCGUUUUAGCUGAUCUAGAGUCAAAAAACACCGGUGGCAUGGAAUCCACUCUUCAGAAGGCUGAGGAUAUUGUAGGUUCUAUGCUAGCCAAAGGGUUUGUUCUUGGCAUGGAUGCCGUUGAAAAAGCAAAGGCUUUUGAUGAAAAGCAUCAGCUCACAUCAACUGCAACUGCCAAAGUCGCUUCCCUUGACAGGACAAUGGGCUUAAGCCAGAAGUUCAGCACCGGGACCUUAGUGGUGAAUGAGAAAAUGAAGGAAAUGGAUGAGAAAUACCAGGUUGCAGAGAAGACCAAGUCAGCAUUAGCUGCGGCUGAACAGACUGUCUCUACUGCUAGUUCUGCCAUCAUGGCGAGCAGAUGCUCUGAAGCGGAUGAGCAAGAGUGCAAGCGUCAUGAAGAUGAUUCUAGAAACAACUUUAUUCUAGAUAGUCCUGAAAUGACUUGUCAGGAGAGUGAGCAUCAAGCGGGUGAACAUCAAAUGACUAAUGUAGAAGUAGCCCACAUGCAAGAAAACACUGAGACAGCUGAGAAGAAUCCUAGCUGCCACGAGAGUGAAGUAUCCAAGGCCAAUGUUCAUGAUAGCGUUCUAAUGACUGAGCAAAGUGAGCGCGAGCAUAAGCAACCGGAAGGUGAAUUUGCAAAGACCCAUGUCCCAGGAAGCCCUGUCACUAUUCCGGUCACCAUGUCCACUAUUGACGGGAACUCUAGCAACAGUCCCAAGAAGCCUGAUUCUGCUGAGUGUUUUCUAUGA